AUGGCUUCUGCGGACCUGAAGCACUUCCUUGCCGAUCAGCCUCCGUCGGUGGUGAGCCUGGAAAUCGAGCAGCAUUUUGAUGCCCUGAAUGAUAAGCAGAAGCGUUAUGCUCAUUUCAUUAGCAAAGCCUGCUUUGCUGGUACUAGGAUCGUCCUUCGGCAAAUUUCCCCCGAGUCUGAGCCCAUUUACGAUCUCAUCCUGACCUUGCAUAAGAGUUGCGAUGGUGAUUGGGAUGCUCUGGCCAAUAAGGCUGGCGUUGACGAGGCUGAAAUUACCAGUUUCUUGGAGUAUGCUGCCAUGUUUCUCGGAAAUAACGGAAAUUACAAAAGCUUUGGUGAUUCCAAGUUCCUUCCUCGGUGUAGCGACAAGACUGUUGCUGCCCUUGCUGCAACUUCUCCCGAGACGGCCAAGUUCUACGAGGCGACCAACGGUGGAAUUUUCAGCCAUGACAAGCCUGGCCUGCUGCAUCUCGGGUUCAUUGAUGCUGGCCAUAUGACCACCUAUUACCCUGAUUCUCCCACCAUUACCAAGGAUGAGAUCGAGAGUGUUUCCGCGUGGAUGGAGAAGAAGGGUUUGCUACCCGAAAACAACAGACUUCGCAAGAAUGCUGACGGCUCAUUUGAUAUCCUUAUUGCCUCCGUCGUCACGACCGUUCCUGCUGAAGGCGGAGACAUUGGCAAAGACACCCAGUUCACGAUCGAGGAUGGCGCCUUGAAGGGCAAGACUAUCAGACUUCUUUAUGGCGACCAUGCCGAAGAGAUGAAGAACAUCGCUGCCUACAUCAAACAGGCAGCAGACAAUGCCGACAACGAUACGCAAAAAAGCAUGCACAUCAACUAUCACAAAUCUUUCGAAAGCGGUUCUCUUGAAGCCUACAAAGACGCCCAGAGAGAUUGGAUCAAGGACAAGGGUCCCAUGGUGGAAUGCAAUAUUGGCUUUGUAGAGACGUACCGUGACCCUGCCGGGGUACGUGGCGAGUGGGAGGGCUUCGCGUCCAUGGUCAACCUAGAGCGCACCCGUGCCUUUGGAGAACUUGUCGCUGCUGCUCCCACUCUCAUUCCUCUCCUCCCUUGGGGUAAGGACUUCGAAAAGGACAAAUUCUUGUCUCCCGACUUUACGUCAUUGGAGGUCAUGACUUUUGCUGGAUCUGGCAUUCCCGCUGGUAUCAAUAUCCCCAACUAUGACGACAUUCGACAGACUGAGGGUUUCAAAAAUGUCUCGUUGGGCAACGUCUUGAGUGCCAAAGCGCCCGAUGAGAAGAUUCCUUUUAUCCGUGAUGAGGAUUUGGAGAUUUAUAAGAAGUACCGUGACGCUUCCUUUGAAGUCCAGGUCGGUCUCCACGAGUUGACCGGCCACGGAUGCGGUAAACUCCUUCAGGAAACCUCACCUGGCGUAUUCAACUUUGAUAAGGAGAACCCCCCAAUCAGCCCUGUGAACAAAAAGCCAAUCACGACUUGGUAUAAGCCUGGUCAAACCUGGGGUUCCGUUUUUGGCAGCGUAGCUGCCUCAUAUGAAGAGUGCAGAGCCGAGCUGGUUGCUAUGCACCUUAGCUGCGAGUUUCCUGUUCUUCAAAUAUUCGGUUUUGGGGAUGGUAGCUCAGACAUGAAUGGUGAAGCUGGCGAUGUCUUGUAUGCGUCGUAUCUCUCUAUGGCUCGCGCUGGUCUUGCAGCUACGGAGCUAUGGGACCCAAAAAGCCAGAAAUGGGGUCAGGCCCAUAGUCAAGCUCGAUUCUCGAUUCUCAAGUGCUUCCUUGAGGCCGGCGACAACUUCUGCGCUCUACAUUAUACUAAGGACGACAUGUCUGAUUUAACCAUCCGACUUGAUCGAUCCAAGAUUCUCACAGCAGGCCGCGAAGCUGUGGCUGCUUAUCUGCAAAAACUUCAUGUUUACAAGUCUACCGCUGAUGUCGAGACCGGUACCAGGUUCUACAAUGAGAUGACCAAGGUUGACCCCGAUUUCUGGGGCACCAAGGUCCGUAAUGUUGUCCUUGAUAACAAGCAACCUCGUAAGGUGUUUGUUCAGGCUAACACGUUCUUGGACGAGGCUUCUGGCAAGGUUUCCAUCAAGCAUUACGAUCCUAGUCUAGUUGGCAUUAUCGAGAGUUGGGUUGACAGGGAUUUGUAA